AUAAUGAGAACGUUGGGGGGGGGGGGUAUUUGAAAUCAUAUAUCGAACAAAUCGUGUGCAUCUACAGAUGUAGAUCAACAAGAUAUACACUGGCCUGGGUAAAACUUGGAUCCCCUCCUGAAGGUUUAGUGAUAUGGAGUGAUAAAACGUCAAACGAUGUACCACCUGAAUCAUUAACAAGAACUCAAUUUUAGGAUUAGUCAUGACGUGUAUUUCAGCUUCCGUUACACUCACUUUAUUUCUGCUGUUUUCAAACGUGAUCUGCUACCCCACGUGUCCCCUCGGCAGUGGCUGGGUGACAUUUAACGGUUCCUGUUAUCUAUUCAGCACACAAAAACUCAAAUACACCGAGGCAUUUACAGAAUGUGAACAGCUGGACUCCGAUCUGCUUUACUUCUAUAAUGAAGCUGACAGGCUUGACUUCGUAACUGUCACAAAGAAUAGCAGCACUCUCAGAGAGAGAUGGUGGACCUCGCUCACAGACAACAAACACACUGGAGCGUGGACAUGGGGAAAUAACGCGGCUUCAUCACUGGCGACAGGCAACUCAAUUGUGUGGAACUCUGAACCCGAUGAUACACAUCACAUAGAGAAUUGUGGCGCCCUAGAUACCCAAGGAACAAUCAACGACGAAGACUGCUCAGAACAGCACAGUUAUGUCUGCCAGUAUACGUCGAAUACCGGAUGUAUUGACGGUUGGACGCAGUCGAACACUUCCUGUUACCUUUUCGCUUCACAGUUUGACGUUUCUUCCUGGAAGGCUGCUAGUAGCGCAUGCGUAAACCAACAAGUCUCCACUAACUCUCCUACAUUCUUAGCCAGGAUCGAGUCUAGACAGGAACUGAUGACCAUUGGUAGGUUGUUAUCGACCAUGUCAGAGACCAGUCAGAUGUGGUGGUUAGGGAUGACAGACAUAGCCAAGGAGGGCGACUGGAGAUGGCAAAACAAUCAAAAGGUCAACCAAAACGUAAUAAUUUGGGCAAAAGAGCCUGAUAAUCUUGGAGGGAACCAGCAUUGUGGUUUGAUCUAUAACAACGGGAGGUUUGGAGACGAAUCCUGUGACACACUGGCUUACUACGUGUGUAAGACACCCACUACAGAUGCCUUACCGGUGAUGAACGAACUGGGAUGUCCGUACAACUGGUUACGUGGUGGGUAUAAAUGUUACAAAUAUAAUACGGGGGUUCAACACACAUGGAAGGACUCCAACGCCGCGUGUCUGAGAGGCUCUUCUCGUCUUCUGCAAAUCACAACCAAAGCCGAAAAGGACUGGAUUGAAUACAUCACCACGCAGUACCGUGCUUUUGCCUUUUGGACCGGGCUUCAUUUUCAUCCUGGAGACAAAACCUGGUACUGGACAAAUGAACAGAAGGCUGAUAUGUCCUUAGUACGGUGGAAUGGCGAGCCUAACGAUUUCGAAUACAGUGAGGACUGUGGUUGUAUUCUCCAGGACGGUACCUUUAACGACUUCUCCUGCUAUAAGCCCGUGGCGUACAUUUGUGAACUGCAAUCUGAGGAUGCUCCGUGCCCGACUGGUUGGAUCUCGUCCCCUGAGGAGGAUGAUACUACUUGUUAUUACAUCAGCAACACCACCGAGUCGGUCAUUGCCACGUGGUUUGAAUCACGUGACAUUUGUGAAGAUCUCCUUACAGACAUGGACGCUUACCUUUUGGCAAUAAACACAAAGGAAGAACUGACCUUCAUACAGAAUCUGAUAAAGCCGCAUUACACGACAACAGGCUGGUGGACGGGUCUGAAUGACCAGAAAGUGGAAGGAGAAUGGGUCUAUGAUACCGAUUUUAAUAACCCUGUCAAAGCAGGGCUUAUACCGUGGAACACUGAGCCGAAAAACUCGGGGGGUUCGGAUUACUGUGCCGUGAUCUACUAUGGCGGGAGAUAUAAUGACGUAGACUGUGGUACAAAGGCUAACUACAUUUGUGAAACUGACGCCGUCAGCAGCAGAAAUUUAGGUUCAAAAGCUGUGCAUAAUAAUGGGAUAAUGUUUAUAUUUCUAAUAGUGACAUUUACACUUGGGCAUGGAGUGAUGGUUUGAUACAAUCUCCUAUACAAUGCACAAAGAUACAUAAAUGUUCAAUAAUAUCAAUAUUUUCCUUGUAUUACAUUAUAUGUGAUAAACAUUUAAUGUACGGGGGCGGAUCUAGAAGGAUUUGGAGGAUUGGGUUGAACAGUUUACACAAUAAUGGUAAGUUUUUGUCAUUUUUGGAUCUUUAACCCUCCUUGGAAACGGAAAAGGUAAAAACUUCGGUUGCACCUCCUUUGAACAUUUUCUGGAUCCGCCCCAUAAUCAUAUUAUAACACCAUACAAGCAUAUGUGUCUAAUUCCUGGAUUUUUAUGCAACUGUAUACCUAUCACUUUAAAAGUACUAUUAUUUUGAUAUUUUGUAAAACAUGGAAUAAAAAAUUUUGUACAACCA